AUGGCGGACGAGGAGACGCCUGCUCCGAAAAAGAGGGCCCUAUCCUCGACCGUGCGGAUUCAGGGCAAAAUGAAGCUCAUGAAGAACGGUGACCACUCGCUGUUCUUCAAGUUCUACAGGAUGUCGCCGGAGACAUUCGACGCGCUCCACGACAUGGUGCGGGACCGGCUGACGAAGGAAUGGGUCUGCCGAGAACCGAUUUCAUCUGGCGAGCGCCUCGCACUGACGCUGCGAUACCUGUCGUCCGGUAUGCUCGUGCGAGAUGCAGCAAUGGCCUUCAGAGUGGGGCUGGAGGCUGCACGCAAGGCGAUCCACCUGACGUGCAAUGUGCUAUGGGAGGUGCUGUCCCCUGUGUACAUGAAGCCUCCAACAGAGGGAGAAUGGAGGGACAUCGCCUUAGGAUUUGGCAGCCGCUGGCAGUUCCCGAAUUGCCUGGGUGCUGUGGACGGCAAGCACGUGAGGAUUAGAUGUCCAAGAAAGGCUGGGAGCCUGUACUUCAACUAUAAGGGCACCCACUCCAUUGUCCUCAUGGCUGUGGCAGACGGCCAGUACCUGUUUCGCCUUAUUGAUGUGGGCGCACCUGGGAGGUUUAGUGAUGGUGGAAUUUUCAAAGAUUCCCCCAUUGGCAAACGACUGCACGAGGGCAAGCUCAAUCUGCCUCGGGCAGCUAAGCUACCAGGCUCCGAGCGAAUUUGCCCUCGUGUGUUUGUUGGCGAUGAAGCCUUCCAGCUGCGCCCCGACUUCAUGCGGCCACUACCGGGCACCCGGACUAAAGCUGAGGAGAUCAUCUUCAACUACCGCCUCAGUCGUGCCAGACGAUGUAUAGAGAACGCCUUCGGGAUUCUCGUUUCCCGCUGGCGGAUAUACGAGCGGCAGAUGAACCUGCAGCCGGAAAAUGUGGAGAGUGUUGUGAAGGCAACCUGCGUACUUCACAACUUCUUAUCUGUAACGUCCAGCGCUUCAGCGACCUACUGCCCACCUGGAUAUGGAGACUGCCAGGACAUGUUCGGGUAUGUCCGUGACGGCACUUGGCGACAAGAGGCGGCAACUGCUGCUGUGUUCGGUUUGCAGGGAGCAAAGGCCCGCAACUGCACGAAUGCUGCUAAUUCGGUGCGCAAGCAGUUCAUCGAGUACUUCAAGGAUGAAGGGCAGGUGUCUUGGCAGUGGAACCUGCCAGGGGUGACAAGCUUGUAG